UUACAAAUUUUUAAUAUUUAGACAUAUUUUUAAAUCUUUCUAAAGACAGGUACGAUCCUGAUAUUCUACUUUAGGUAUAAUUUUUGCAGCUUCUGAUAUAUGUGUAACUAAAUAAUCUUCAUGCUAUAUAGAAGUCAGAAGCAAGAAUGAUGCUAAAAUAAUAUUAAUCCUAAUAAGUUUAAACAUGCUAGAAAUGUUAAGGAAGUCAGUUUAAAGCAUCAUCUCAACCCUGUCUAUUUUGCAUGUUCUGCAACGUAGCUAGAGAGGAGUUUUGUAGAUUAAUGCAUUAUUAAAAUGGAAUAUUUAUGUUCUAAUCAAUAUCUUUAUACUUAUAUUUAUAAUUUUUUAAUUUGAUUUACAUUAUAAUGCAUUUCAAAUUAUACAUGAAGACCUGUAUUGUGUGCAUAUUUAUUUAUUGCUAAGCACUUGGCAGACGUUAUUUCUAUAUUAUAUUUUCAGUGUUUUUCUUAGGCCUCACAAAACUCCCCAUUGAAACUAAACAAAAAGGUUGGUUUGGUUCACAUGUGCUGUAAACCAGUAUAGGUGGUUAUUUCAUAGGGUCUUGAGGGGUCCUUGUUUCUUGGAGAUGUUCCUCCAGCAUUGUCUGGUGUCAAUUUGCAGUAGUGACGAAAGAGUAAGACCAAAAUUUGAAUUUUCUCACCAGUAUUGUUUUAGAUAUUUCAGCUUCUGUUCCCCAGCACCUAUAUGACUAGCUCUGUUUUACUGCAUAUAUUUACAUUAGAGUUAUUCAAAUCAAUUCCUUUGUUAGGAACCUUUGAUUUUACAAGCUAAUCUCUAGGGACACUUCUUAGGUUCAGGUUGGCACGCCAGGUUUAUUUUUCUGCCUUGUCACUGGAAGAAAUUACCCACCUGCUUCUCUUUCCUCAUUAAACCUGCCACAGCCUGCUCUAUUCUUUGGAACUCUUUCCCUGCCUUGCAAGAUUGGUUAUAGAUUGUAACUAAUUUCUCCAUUGCUACUUUAUUGUUGCCUCUGAAUACAAGUACUCACAGGCUAUUUAUGUUUGAUGGAUUUUAUUCCUACAUUUCAGGAGAGAAUUAGCAAAAAUAACAAGUAUGGGAUUUUAAACAUUCUAGAAACUUCAAUAAAAGUCCCUACUGUUAAAGUUCCCUCUUCUGUGGUUCCUGAUUCCCUUCGUGAUAUGUUUAUUAGAAUUCCUCUGGAGCUUGCUUUUAUUCCUGGAGGUGGAAAUUGCCAUACUUCCCUCUCUAUUCUUCCAAGAUUGUGGCUAUAUGCUUUUCUUGGUCCCUUCUUGGGCCUAAAACAGUUGGAGUACCUAUAUGUUGAUGGCUUCUAUAGUUUUGGCUCUGAUUUCUUCCUUGAAUUUCAAAUUCUUUUUUUUUUUUUUCUCAGUUUCCUCUAUGCUUUGCCAUUAUCAGUUUUUACUUAGAUCUCAGUAGGUCAUUGGGCUAGGAAAAUAAACGAACAAUUUAUUGGUGGAAAAAAUCUCAUGUAAUUAAUGAGUAUAUAAAAAAAUUAAGUGUUAUUAGUAAUCAGUGAAUUACAAAUUACAUCAUUAGGAGAUAUGGCUCACAAUCAAACUAGAGAUUAUUUUUAAUGCUUUCAGUGAUCAUUCUUAUGUACUAUUGGCAUAAGCUUUUUUGAAAGCAGUUUGUAGUGUAUAUUGAGAAACUUAAAAAUAUUCUUAUUCUUUGAUGUAAAAUCUUUAUUAAAAAAUUUUACUAGCCACAGUAAAUAAUUAAGAAUAGAGGAAGGAUGAUAAUUGAAGUAUUUUUUAAAUGUUUCUAAUUUUCUCUUCUCUAUUAGAAACAAUAUUAGAGAAAUAGUUAACUGACAUAUAAGUAUAUUAAGUACCUGAUGAUACUAUGAUUAUGAAGAAUCUUUAAUUUUGGAAAAUAGUUCUAUAAGAAGACUUAUAUGGAGACGGAAUAUAAGUUAGGCCUUGAAGAAUAGAUAGGCAGAUAAUAGUAGGUUGGGCAUUUCAUGGGGAGGAAGAUAACACGAGCAAAGACAUAAAGGUGGAAAUAAGUUUAUUGCAUGGAAAAUAAUGAUUAAUCUGGCUGGGAAGCAGGAGUUCAUUUGGAGAAAUAGGAGAAUGUUAUUCCCCUUUUAUGUGUUUAGAUAUUUGCUAGAUACUAAGGAUAUAAGGAUAACUUAAAGAUGGCAAAAAUGGAAAUUCAGGAGAAGGGCAUAUAUAAGAAACACUUUCUUGAAACAUUUGAUGAAACUUCAUGAUUUGAUAAAAUAAAGAGAAAAAGAUAAUAUGAAAAUUUUGCGUUUAUAUGAGGCUAGUGACAGAAAUGGAAAGGCUGAAGUAGGAGACCUUUGUGAAGCAAAAUGAUCAGUUUAGUUUUUGCGGUUGGUUUAAGCUAUGUACACAGGAGAGCUUCAUCUUCAUGUGUUUUAUUCUUACUUUGAGUUUACUUAUCUUGUAAAAUGGAAUGUUGUUCAGCUACGUCUAACUACAUGUUCCGGUUUUUAAACUGACCAAUGUGAAAUCUAUAAAAAAAGGACUGUUUGGGGACUUAUAAAAAUAAAUUACAUAAUAAGGUCUGUGGCAUUUGGUUUUUUAAAGUCUUUAUAUCUUGGGAACAAUACUUAUAUUGGAUUCUGUUUAUUUUGAUGACUUUGUUUCACACUGUGACAUAUUGGGCAUGGGGCUAUAACCUUAAGGGACCAGUAGAUCUCAUUCUAAACUGUAUUAUAGGGAAGUUUCUUUUUUUGGCAGAUGGGAGAUUCUUUGGUCAGAGAGACCUACGAAGUUGAAUGCUUCCCAAGCUCGCCAGUUUAAACCUUGUAUUAAGCAGAUAAAUUUUCCCACAAAUCUUAUACGACUGGAAGUAAAUAGUUCUCUUCUGGAUUAUUACACUGAAUUAGAUGCAGUUGUGCUACAUGGUGUGAAGGACAAGCCAGUGCUUUCUCUCAAGACUUCACUUAUUGACAUGAAUGAUAUAGAUGAUGAUGCCUAUGAAGAAAAGGAUGGUUGUGGAAUGGACAAUCUUAACAAAAAGUUUAGCAGUGCUGUCCUCAGGGAAGGGCCAAAUAAUGGAUAUUUUGAUAAACUACCUUAUGAGCUUAUUCAACUGAUUCUGAAUCAUCUUACACUACCAGACCUGUGUAGAUUAGCACAGACUUGCAAACUACUGAGCCAGCAUUGCUGUGAUCCUCUACAAUACAUCCAUCUCAAUCUGCAACCAUACUGGGCAAAACUAGAUGACACCUCUUUGGAAUUUCUGCAGUCUCGAUGCACUCUUGUCCAGUGGCUUAAUUUAUCUUGGACUGGCAAUAGAGGCUUCAUCUCUGUUGCAGGAUUUAGCAGGUUUCUGAAGGUUUGUGGAUCUGAAUUAGUACGCCUUGAAUUGUCUUGCAGCCACUUUCUUAAUGAAACUUGCUUAGAAGUUAUUUCUGAGAUGUGUCCAAAUCUACAAGCCUUAAAUCUCUCCUCCUGUGAUAAGCUACCACCUCAAGCUUUCAACCACAUUGCCAAGUUAUGCAGCCUUAAACGACUUGUUCUCUAUCGAACAAAAGUAGAGCAAACAGCACUGCUCAGCAUUUUGAACUUCUGUUCAGAGCUUCAGCACCUCAGUUUGGGCAGUUGUGUCAUGAUUGAAGACUAUGAUGUGAUAGCUAGCAUGAUAGGAGCCAAGUGUAAAAAACUCCAGACCCUGGAUCUAUGGAGAUGUAAGAAUAUUACUGAGAAUGGAAUAGCAGAACUGGCUUCUGGGUGUCCACUUCUGGAGGAACUUGACCUCGGCUGGUGCCCCACUCUGCAGAGCAGCACUGGGUGCUUCACCAGACUGGCACGCCAGCUCCCACACUUGCAAAAACUCUUUCUUACAGCUAACAGAUCUGUAUGUGACACAGACAUUGAAGAAUUGGCAUGUAAUUGUACCAGGUUACAGCAGCUGGACAUACUAGGAACAAGAAUGGUAAGUCCGGCAUCCUUAAGAAAACUCCUGGAAUCUUGUAAAGAUCUUUCUUUACUUGAUGUGUCCUUCUGUUCGCAGAUUGAUAACAGAGCUGUGCUAGAACUGAAUGCAAGCUUUCCAAAAGUGUUCAUAAAAAAGAGCUUUACUCAGUGACUUAAUAUAUGUUCUGUAAUAAAAUUAAUGUGCUUUGGUGGGGUUUAUUUUGGGAUUGGUUUUGGGUUUUGGUUUUAGUUGUUUUAAUGGUAAGAAUUAAGAUAUUUGUAGAUUUUAAAGAAAAAUAUGAAAUGAACUGUCCAUUAAAUCAAGUAAAAAUGUGCACAAAUGUUUUCAUAAAAUAUUACAAGCACUUCUCUUCAAGAAUAUGUGAGUGGAUGAUAUUUUUACCUUAUGUUAAUCAGUGAUAUGCUGUAGUCAAUAAUAUGAUUGAUAAAAGAAUAACAUGGUAACAUGCUAACUUAUUUUCAAAGAAACACUAAGCAAUAAAGUAUCAUGGUAUUUAUGCAAAAAAAAAAAGUAAUUUUUUACACCUCCAUGUAAAGAUGUCUUAUUAAGCCUGUGACCUGGCAAGUGUUUUGUUCAGUAUGUACAAAAUGGUCAGAGCUAGUUGGAGAAAGAGACAUGCUUUUCCAGCUGUUUGGUUAUUUCUUUGAAUUAAUUGUUCAACUGGAAAAUUUGUAGUUUUUCUAGCCAGGUGUGGUGGCACACACUUGUAGUCCUAGUGGCACAGGAGGUGGAGGCAGGAGGAUUACUUGAGAUGGGAUUUUGAGACUCUAGUGUACUUACGACUACACCUGUGAACAGCCACUGCACUCCAACCUGGGCAAUGUAGCAAGUCCCUUUCUCUUAAAGAAAAUUGUAGUGUUUCCACUUUUCUUCUGAUAUUUUUGUCUAUUUCACUACUGGAUAAUGCCAAUAUAAAAAUUUUGGUAUAAUCAAGAAUAAGAGGUAAACUACUAAAUAAAAAAGCUUUCCAACUGCUAUAAGCAGAUGCCUUAACAUUUUGCAAAAGGUAAAGUUUUGAGGUUUCUGAAUAUAUGUGGAUUUUCUUUAUAUAUUAAAAAAAUCAUAAAUGUGGAUAUAUAUAUAUAAUUAUACAAAUUAUACAAAAACAUACAUUGUUUUGUUAAAAAAUUAAUUCUGCUACUGAGAAAGUAGAAAAUAUUUUGUGGCACGAAAAGGCACAGCUGUUUUGAACAGAAAACUAAUAUUAACUGUAGUAUAACGAAAUUCAUUGUCCUACUCAGUGCAAAACGGUUAUAUUCCAGCAUCCGCACACCCUAGCGUGAUCCUGUAGAACUGUGGUAAUACUGUAGCCACUAAAAUAGCCGCUAAUGUGGCUAUUUUAUUAAUUUUAAUUGAAUUCAAGUAGGACUUCACUGUUUCAGUUGCACUAGCUACAUGUCAAGUGUUCAGUAGUCAUUUGAGGAUAAUGCUUCCUUUGUGCCUGGCCCUGUUUCUUGUGCUUUGCAUUUACUAAUUCAAUUCUCACAACAACCCUGUAAGAUAAAUGCCAUUACUAACCCCCAUUUACAGAUGAGGAAACUGAGGCAAAAAAAGAUUGAAGAAUUUACUCAUGAUCCUAAAGCUGCUAGUGGCAGAGCCAACAUAUAAACCCAGGCCAUCUGGCUUCUGAGGCAUUGCAUUCAACCUGUGCUUUUAAAUGUUCAGGGUAGCUUCUGGCUCUAGAGCAGAGGUCAGGAAACUUUUUCUAUAAAGGGCCAGAUAGUAAAUAUUUUAGGCUUUGUGGGCUAAGAGGUAAAACUGAGAUUGUUAUGUAGGUACUUAAAUAACUGGAGAGAAAUAACAUUUGCACAAAAAUUUUAUUGACAAAAUUCAAAACAAUAAUUGAGAACUAUCUUUUUGUAAUACGGGUUUACCAAUGAAAAUAAUUUAUUUAGGGGGAGGAUCAAAGUUAAUGUUUCGUGUCAUUAAAGUUGAUUAUAAGUACUUACUUGCUAAUGCUGAUCUGUAAUAAGAUUUUACGUAUCUUACUUCUGAAAAUUCGUUGCAGAUAGGUAUUGUUAAAUACUUAAUCCAUGAGAAUAUGAUUUUUGUUGAGCAUAUUCAUCACUUCGAAGGUAACUUCUUUGGAUAUUUUCCUUUUAGCAUGUUACUAUAUUGCAGCUUAAUCACUUCCAAUUGAAGAUUAGGUAGGAGCUUCUCAACUGCACUGGGUUAAAUCGAUUUUGAAAAAUGGAAAUUUCCUUUGCACUUGCAAACUCCAAACUCCAAAUGGGAACUAUAGUGUGAGCUACAAAUUUGUGUGAGAAUGGAGAUCCCACUUUGUUGUCUUACCUUUUGAUAGCACAGGAAAUGUGUAAAGCAGCUUGUUGUUACUUGUAAUUCAAAUAGUGUUGUCAUCAAAAUGACUUUUGUUGACAUGUUUCACAUGUAAACACUUGUUUUGCCUUGUAAUUUUGGCUUGAAUUCAUUUCAAAAUUUUAUUAAGUCUUGAGCAAAAGCUAAAUUCCAAAGCCAUUCAGUGUUCCAUAAUAGUGGUUGAGGACAUGUCUUCUUUUUCAGAAAAAUGUCAAUAUCAACCCUGCACGUAAAAGCUCAUAAUAGAACUAACACUAUUAUGCCAGUGUGGUUGGGCAAAUUGGAACAUUCAUCUUCUGUAUCUGACAAAAGAUAACUGAACCAUUGGUGUUUAAUCUGUCAGAAACUAUGAGAGCAAAUGAAGUUCACCAUUGAUACUAGUAGUUCAAUAAUACAAAGUUGAGUCAAAUAUAUCCCACAAAGUACCUGCUGAUGAAUAAUACAGUAAAUAACCAUAGAUUUUAAAUACCUUCUUACCUUUUCACUGGCUUAAAAAAUUUGACAAACUUAAAUCUUUUUGCUUCACACAUUUUAGCACCACCAGUUGUAACACAUCUUAGCAGAUUCUACUUCAGGUUGCAUGAAAUUUGUGUUUUCUUCUUAGAAAAUAUUCAUGCUUGUAAUUGUUCCACACAGAUAAUUUAUAGAGACUAAUUUCAGUCACUUCAACAUUGGCAUUGACUUAUCAAAUAAGCAAUAACUAGGCAGUAUCAGUAACAUCUGUUGACUCAUCAAGAGCCAAGGAAAACCACUCAGGGUCAUUUGCCUUUUUUAUUGACUGUUGAUGUUGUUCCCAGUGUUCUCAAUUCUUAAAGCAACCAUUCUUGCCAAAAGGCUAAUUUAAUAGUCUUAAGCAAGUUUACUUUGGGCACGUUCCUUCAGCUGAUGGAAUCAAACACAAUUUAGUCAUCGUUAGUAAAAUGUUUUCCUUGCUUGGUUAACAACUGAAUCACUUUGGCUGCGACUUUAUCUUCAUUUUUGAUUUUUUUUUGUUUGUUUUUCUGAGACUGAAUCUUGUUCUGUUGCCCAGGCUGGAGUGCAGUGGCACGAUCUCAGCUCACUGCAACCUCCACCCUGCAGGUUCAAGUGAUUCUCCUGCCUCAGCCUCCCGAGUAGCUGAGAUUACAGGCACAAGCCACCACGCCUAGCUAAUUUUUGUGUUUUUAGUAGAGAUGGGGUUUUACCAUGUUGUCCAGGCUGGUCUUGUGACCUCAAGUGAUCCACCCACCUCGGCCUCCCAAAGUGCUUGGAUUAUAGGCAUGAACCACCGCCCCUGACUGCACUAUAUAGUAUUCUUUAAGAACAGCUCUAAUGACAUUGCAUAUUAAACAUCAUACUCUGACGUCUCAUCUGAUUUUUAAAAAUCCAUAUACUAAUGUGCCUUAAAAAUGUCACUUCAAGUCUACUUUUCUUUUUUUCUCUUGUUUUGAUGUUAUGGGUAAGCACUAGUAAUAAAUUUAAAAAUAUUGUGGUAUGACAAUAUAUGUAGCACUCAAAAUGUUGGUAACUGCAUUACUGCAAUUUUUAGUGUGCCAAGGAGCAGUGCAAAAUGAUGACAGCACCACAUAAGCCUCUUUUGCACUUAUUCAACUCUGCCAUUCUAUUGUGAAAGCAAUCAUAGACAAUACCUAAACGAAUGAGUGUGGCCAUGUUCCGAUAAAAUUUCAUGAGCACUGAAAGUUGAAUUUUACAUAAUUCCUUGUGUUACAAAAUACUACUCUGUUAGCCAUUAGAUUUUUUUCAGCCAUUAGAAAAUGUAAAACUAUUCUUAUGAGCUGGCUGGAUUUGGCCUGUGGACCAAAUCUGUGACCCGUAUUCCAGAGUAUUUUCGAGUCAGUUAAUCCAUGCUUGCCAGUUCCAAAUUUUAUAAACCACAUUCAAACCUGUUAUUCCGCUGUUACCUUUCUCAUUUUGCCGUUUAGGUUUUAAAAUGAAGAGCAGUGUUUUGUUAGAAAAAACAAAGUGUUUACCAUAACAAGAAAGAUAUGUAGACAAGAAAGAUAUUUAUGUAGACUCUCUGUUCAUUAAAUUUUGAAGCCAGAUGACGCAUUGUUAGUUUUGACAACUGACUUAAAUUUUUGUAUAAUUAUUUAUCUUUGCAUUUUGCUCAGGUAAAUUAUCUUCCCAGAGUCUAAAAAUAAAGAUAUCCCUGAUCCUGUUUAAAAACAUAAAUAAUCCUCUCAAUGUAAAUUGUUUUGAAAUAAGAUCUUAAAAGUACAAAAUGUAGACAAUUAAUAUUCAGGUGCUUAAUUUUGAGCCAAUAUGUAGAAAAGAAAAACUAAUUUCUCUGUGGCAGUAUUUUUAUUUUUUGGCAUUUCCCAGGAAUUAACUGAAGACUAAAAACUCAUAUGUGCAAGUGUAAUGACACUAACCAAAGAGUCAGUAAAAAUUACACUUGGCUACCACGUAUGUAUGUAUAUAUGUAUGUAUGUAUGUGUGUGUAUUACAUAUGUGAGACAGGGUCUCUAUUGCCCCAGGCUGGAGUGCAGUGGCAUGAUCUCAGCUUACUGCAGCCUCAAUCUCCCAGGCUGAAGCGAUCCUCCCACCUCGGCCUCCCGAGUACCUGGGACUACAGACACCACCACGCCUGGCUAGUUUUUAAAUUUUUUAUAGAGACACAGUCUUGCCAUGUUGCCUGUGUUGGUCUUGAACUCCUGAGCUCAAGUAAUUCUCCCACCUUGGCCUCCUGUAGUGCUGGAAUUACAGGCAUAAGCCACUGUGUCCGGCCCCAUGUAUGUUAAUAGUGAAUGUUUGGCUUUUCAUUUGUUUCUUUCAGCUAGUAAAGGAUACCUGUUACAGACACAUCAAAAAUUUCACUUUCAAAGUCAUUUUUGACACAUCAGUGCUGCAUCUACUUUUCUCCCUUUAGCUCAUUUGAUAUUGAUACUUCCGAGAAACUUUAUAACUACCCUUAAAAUCUUGUCAGUGACCAUUAACUGCCAAUCAUCACCUCAUUUCCUUUUAUUGACAACAUACUACUAGAAGCCUAGGCUGUGAGUAUAAAACCAUAGCUGUUAGAGUGAUUUUUUGGCAAUAGCUCACAUUCUGUUAAGAGUCAUUUGCUUUAAUCAAAGAUCAUGAUUUUAUUUGAUUUUUUUUAUAAGUAGGGAUGGGGCCAAGAUUACUCCUCUGGCACAGCAGUAAGUGUACUCAAGGUCUGUGCCUGUAAGCUUGAGUAUUUGGCUUAAAUUUUGUACAUAUAAAUACUGUUAAAGGUAUAUUUGACUACAUUUUGAAAGGAAAAAGGUAGUCCUGCUAAAAUUGACAUUUAGGGAUAUUUUAAUCUAUGUAUUUGGUAAAGUAAUUAGUGAAGUAUUAGUUAUAAAAAUUUUAAGGAAAACGUUUAAAAGCACAAUAGUCAUAUCAGAUAGAAUAGAAUAUACCAAAGAUAAAACAAGUCUCUUGUUACAAAUGAAGUUGUCUGUACAGACAACUGAGAUAUUUUAAUUUUAUUUAUAUAAAAAUGCUGUUCAAUAUCUAAUGAUUUCUGUUGUUUGUAUUCUGUACUUUAGAGUAGUAAAAUAAGUUUGAGUAUCUC